UCGCCGGUUCCGCAGCGAAGUGACGUCGCGUCGCGCUCUUCAUCUAUGAUCUCGCGAGAUAUUUUUGAAACAUUUUAGUGUUUACACAAAGUGUCACACAUGGAAAACUCAAGAAUGAAGUGAUCCCGGAGGUGGCUUUCAACUUCCGAAGGAAACCAGGAGGCGUUCCUGCCGUAGAACGAUGGCUUUACAAUGGGACAAACUGUCCCCGCAGGAGUUUCAGCAGCUGCAGGAUUUGGCCGCAUAUUCCACUAAGAAGUUGCAAGACGUUCUAGUGGAAUUUUGCGGGACCGGGCCACCUUAUAAGCAUAAUCCUGAUGGGGACAUAGACUACGACGGCUUCAGGAAGUUCCUCGACACGUUCCUCGAGGUACACACCCCCGAAGAACUAUGCCGCCACCUCUUCCUCUCCUUCGUUCGGAAGGGGGUAAAAGUCGAAGGUAAAGCCUUUAAAGAAAUGGCAGUACUUAGUUCUACCACUGCUUGUGCUCCUAUCACUUCUCAUAACAAAGGUUCCACCCCCAACGUGAAUUCCGUGGGUGAGCCCAUCGAGAGCAAGAGUCUGCUUCCGUCGGGAGAGAAAACGGCCACUUACGGCGAAAUGCUGGUGGAAAAGAUUCACGGAUUCGGCGAAAAGCUGCUGGGCCAUCAUCGUUCGGACAGCGAUUGUUCCACGAGAGGGAAAACAGGCACCGUUCACCCCAUGCUGACCGUUACUCACACGUCGUAUUCGUGCCACGAAGUGCUGGGGAAGAAGAGUACGGACUCGUCACCUUCACACAGCCAGAUAUCAAGGAACUCGUCGAAGAAGUCGAACAAUUCGCUUCUGGUCAACAACGGGAAAUUAGAAGAAGUAAGACAUAUCGUUAGAAAAGCGAGUACUUUGGACGUGACUAGCGUCAAAGUCUCCCUGAAAGACAUCGUUUGCUACUUGUCGCUUCUGGAGGCCGGGCGUCCGGAAGACAAACUAGAGUUUAUGUUCCGGUUGUACGACACCGACGGAAAUGGCGUCUUGGACACUAACGAGAUGGACUGCAUCGUCAAUCAAAUGAUGACUGUUGCUGAGUAUCUGGGGUGGGACGUGACGGAGCUUAAGCCGAUCCUGCAGGACAUGAUGAUAGAAAUAGAUUACGACGCGGACGGGACCGUGUCUUUGGAGGAGUGGAAGCGGGGCGGCUUAACGACGAUCCCUUUGCUGGUGCUUCUGGGACUCGACACUAAUGUCAAGGAGGACGGGAAUCAUCUGUGGCGACUGAAGCAUUUCAGCAGACCGGCAUAUUGCAAUCUCUGCCUGAAUAUGCUCGUCGGAUUGGGAAAAAAGGGAUUAUGUUGCACAUUCUGCAAAUACACGGUCCACGAGAGGUGCGUCCACCGGGCGCCCGCCAGCUGCAUCGCGACGUACGUCAAAAGCAAGAAGUCCAGCCAGACGCUACAGCACCACUGGGUGGAGGGAAACUGCCAAGGCAAGUGCUCCCGCUGCCGGAAGCCGGUGAAAGCGGGCAUUACGGGCCUGCACUGUCGAUGGUGUCAGAUUACGCUCCACAACAAGUGCGUGGCGCAAGUGAAGGCCGAGUGCGGCCUGGGAGAGCACGCCGUCCACAUCCUCCCCCCGACGGCCAUCUGCCCCAUCGUGCUGGACCGGCAGCGCUCUCUCCAGAAGCGAGGCUCCAAGUAUGGACACGACAACGGGAACUUCGCUAACACCACCAACAAGCAGCCGGCGAUGUCCUUCCAAAUCACCACGUCGCCGAACUCCGUACCGCUGCUGGUCUUCAUCAACCCCAAGUCGGGGGGGCGGCAGGGCUCGAGGAUUCUGAGGAAGUUCCAGUACAUACUCAACCCGAGGCAAGUGCACAACCUGGCGAGGGGCGGCCCGAUGGAGGGGCUGAGUAUGUUCAAGGAUGUGCCGAAUUUCAAGGUGAUAUGUUGCGGGGGCGACGGCACGGUGGGAUGGGUGUUGGAGACGAUGGACAAAGUGGAACUAGAAUGUCAGCCAGCUGUUGGCGUUAUUCCUUUAGGGACAGGAAAUGAUCUGGCAAGGUGUUUGCGAUGGGGCGGCGGAUACGAGGGCGAAUCGAUUCACAAAAUACUGCACAAAAUAGCGCGAGCACACCCCGUCAUGUUAGACAGGUGGUUGAUCGAGUUGUCCGACACGUCGCAGCCAGACCCCGACCAGAAGAUACAAGACACCAGGAUCCCCUACAACAUAAUCAACAACUAUUUCUCGGUCGGAGUGGAUGCGGCAAUUUGUGUGAAGUUUCAUCUUGAGAGGGAGAAGAAUCCAGAGAAAUUCAAUAGUCGGAUGAAAAAUAAAUUAUGGUAUUUUGAGUACGCCACGACGGAGCAGUUUGCGGCGUCGUGCAAGAACUUACACGAAGAUAUCGAAAUUAUGUGCGACGACGUGUCUUUGGACCUGGCCAAUGGCGCGCCGCUCCAGGGCAUCGCCCUCCUCAACAUCCCCUACACUCACGGCGGCUCGAACCUCUGGGGCGAGCACUUAUCCGGGUCCAGAAGGAAAAGCAAAAAGAAGAAACGGCAGAAAGAAAUGAGCACGUCGAGUUUCAACUCGGUCGACCUGAGCGUGGCCGUCCAAGAUAUCGGUGACGGAUUGAUUGAGGUUAUAGGGUUGGAAAAUUGCCUUCACAUGGGUCAAGUCAGGACGGGGCUCAGGGCGAGCGGGCGAAGACUGGCGCAGUGUUCUUCCGUGGUUAUUAAAACAAGGAAAACUUUCCCUAUGCAGAUCGAUGGGGAGCCGUGGAUGCAGCCGCCGACGACCAUACGUAUCACCCACAAAAACCAGGUGCCAAUGCUGAUGGCCCCGCCCCCGGAGAAAGGCAAAGGGUUCUUCCGAUUCUUUAGAAGGUAGACCUCCAAAGUGAUAUUAAAAUUAUUCCUCGUUUAUCUAGUCUGUUUUCUCUCGGUUCGCAAUGACAAUAAUAUUUAAUUUAAAAUGUCUCUACCUUUUGUUAAGAUGUCAGUAUUAUUUAUUUGUACGUAGAAUAACUGAAAUAUUCUUCCAAGAUGCGUUGUUAUUAUAUGUUUAAAUGUUGAAAGAAAUUGGUGUUACGUGUUUCGAGCAUUAUAUUAGUAUAAUGCUAGCUGCUAUACAAUAAAUUUUUAAUAAAUACUCGAUUUAGCUGAGGUGAAGAAUAUCUAGAAACAUGAUAGGGACCAUAUGCUUUAACAGAAUCCCGCCAACAAGUACCUAUGCAUUAUUAAAUAGAAGAAAUUAACAACAAUUCCCGCACUCAACUCCUUAUUUAGAGACACUUCGGCUAAAGUUUGCGUUCCAAAGGCUAGUGCUGCCAUCUGUCUUCUCAACGCGAAGCGAGGUUCAUCCAUUUUGGUUCAACUCUUAGCGCAAAACGAUAUCGCGAUCUACGACUCAAGUGACUUAAAGUUUCUCUAAAUAAAGGAUUCUAAAUAUUAUUAUAAAUCCUUAAGUAGAUAGUUAUACAAACAUAUUUACAGUGAAAGGAUUAUGAAUACGCUUGAAGCGUUUGUGUAUAAACAAUGUUUACAAUUGUUGUAUUUAAUAUUUAUUAAAAGUUAUUUUGUAAUUUAUUUAUAUUAAAUUAUCGCUGUUAGGGUAUUGUAAAGUUUAACCUUUGUCUUAGGUAGGUCCUCUUUAUUAUUCGUUUUACCUAAUGUUUAGACGCUACGUGAAAAAUGGAGGCCGAACGCAAACGCGACAAAAGACGCUCGACGUCACAACCGACGCCAACUACCGGAGACUCUACAAAACUCGGCAGCGUAACUGCGGCACGACUUCCAAGACAUCGAGCGUCCGAUGCCGCGCUUCACUUAAAAUUCCUUUUAUUUUGAUUUUUCACGUAGCCGGUUUUAUAUCAAAAAUAGAACUGCCACUGUAAAAAAUGUGGGAACGUUUCAAGUUGCUGUUAAGCUUUAACUGUAAUAUAAACAACCCUGUAUAUUGUAGAAACUGACAUUUCUUCUAUGCCUUGUAAAGUUAUAAUGGCUUUAAACGUCCAAUUGAUUUUUGAUCAUUUACGGCUGUCGACAGGGUGGAAAAAACGAAAACCAAAAAACCCAAAAAAAAAUAUAUCGAUGUAGGUAAACGUCUCCUGUGACGGCUUUUAUUGUAGUAUUAUUUUUUCACGUGUACAAAGAACCUACGCUAGAUUUAGUGUAUAGAAUGAAAGGAUUCCUCGUUGCUUACGUCCAUUUUGUAAUAGAUUGGAACUUUUGAUUAACGAUUUACCCAAAUUACUCAUUUACUAAUCAAAAUUGACACAACGAUGAUUCAAAACAUACAGCUGAAUGGACAUAAUCAAAAUUUCUGUGAUAUAAAUGAGUAAUUUGGGCACCUGAGUUCUUUCCAUAAGACUAACUUGUGCAUUUUCGUAUAGUCAGACCAUGUGAUUAAGUCGUCUUAUUUUUUACGAGUUUAUUUAACGUAGCUGUAAGUUCAGUAUGUGUUUCCUUUCUACAUCGGUUUUGUAUAUCACACCAUUCUGAAUA